AUGGCUUCACUCUUCUACAUUCUAACUAUCCUAUGUUUUCAUGCUUCAAUCUCUCAUGCAGUUUACUAUAAAGCCCCUAAUCCCAUAAACACUUACAUUAAAAAGCCUACUGCAAAAGCCGUGAAUGUGAUAGACGCAUGUCGUCGUAGAACCUCAAACUGGGCUGCUAACCGUCGCGCGUUAGCAGAUUGUACGAUUGGUUUUGGCAAAGGUGCUAUUGGAGGAAAGAACGGUGCAACCUAUGUCGUUACCAACCCUUCAGACGAUCCGAUUAACCCUAAACCCGGAACCCUACGUUAUGGAGUAAUCCAGACCAGGCCUUUGUGGAUCAUAUUUGCUAAGGAUAUGGUCAUAACUCUUAAAAAUGAGCUAAUGAUGAAUAGUUAUAAGACGAUCGAUGGAAGAGGUGUAAAGGUGGAAAUUGCAUAUGGGCCUUGUAUAACUAUACAAAGAGUAAGCCAUGUUAUUAUUCAUGGUAUUAGCAUUCAUGAUUGUAAGCCAGGUAAAAAAGGUCUUGUAAGAAGCACCCCUGAUCACUUGGGCCACCGGCUAGGGUCUGAUGGAGAUGCAAUCAACAUAUUCACUUCAUCGUACAUAUGGAUUGACCAUUGCUUCCUUGCUCGAGCCACUGAUGGGCUAAUUGACGUCAUUCAUGCUUCAAAUUUCAUCACAAUCUCAAAUAACUUCUUUUCACAACACGAUAAGGUUAUGUUAUUCGGCCACAAUGACCAAAAUAUUGAAGAUAGGAUCAUGAAAGUAACGGUAGUUUAUAAUCAUUUUGGGCCGGGUUUAGUUCAAAGGAUGCCAAGGGUGAGGCUAGGUUAUGCACAUGUUGCAAACAAUAGAUACGACGAAUGGCAUAUGUAUGCAGUCGGGGGAAGCGCUAACCCAACAAUAUUUAGUGAAGGGAACUACUAUAUGGCUUCGAAAAAUCCAUCCACAAAAGAGGUCACAAAGAGGGAAGUUAACAAAGGCUGGAAGAAUUGGAAAUGGAGAUCUUCUAGAGACGUGUUUAUGGACGGGGCGUAUUUCAUUCCAUCUGGAUACGGAAGUUGUUCCCCAGGUUACACUAGAGCGCAAUCUUUCUUGGUCGCUCAUGGGUCUCAAGUCCCUGCUCUUACAGCCAAUGCAGGACCACUACGUUGUACUUACAACCGAGCAUGUUAA